GGCACGGGGGAGCGGAGCGCACGGGACGGGCAGGGCGUCGACAACAUCAACCACAGAAUCAAGUUGCUGACGACAUACCUGAACGGCGACAUCAGGUCCGACCGCAUCGUCCAUUUCGAGAGGGCUUGCGGGCGCUGCAAGAGCAGGGCCGACGCGAUCUCGAACAUUGCCGCUGCCCUGGAGGAGAGUCACGUCGUUCUGCCCAUGGGGUGCUUGGAGCCGUCGACUCAUCGGCGGGGGCAGGUCGACGACUCGAUGGCCCAGCAGGCGCCAGGAGUGCUGAUCCACAACAUGACGGCGCGCUUGCUCAGCGCUGCGUUCCCCAGGACUAAGGGCGCAUGCAUGCCCCAGGAGGGGGGGCAAGAUUACCGCAAGUGGCAGCGGGACAAGGCCAACCGUGCGAGGGACGUGAACUGCUCCUCCACGUUCGGCCCCAAGAUGGUGGCCAACCUUUGGGGGGGCUCUCCCAUGCACUGGGUAUGGCAGCGACUGGAGUACUUGGACGGCCAGGGCGGUGCCCUCAUGUCGCUCAUUGACCCAGCCACCAGCCCCAUCGAGCACGCCCAAUCCGAGCUCGCCAGCAUGCUCAUGGAGAACGCUGGCCGGCAUGGCCUCAGCACCAUCUGGUACCAUUAUGCGGACGAGCCUCGGAAGCUGCACCUUGUCAAGCUGCACUCGCUCUCGGUGAUCUGCUGUGCCUACGCGCAGAACUAUUGGAGGUUCACGGUUCCGCUGGGCGACGUACCUUUUGAGAUUAUGAGGCAGUCGCUGCCUGCCGACAUGAAGGCCCCGUGCCUCGAGCGCGUCUGCGGCAACGGCAUGCUCGCCCAGUGCCUCUCCCACUUCGUGGCAGCGGGUGGCGAUGACCCCCGCAAGGACACGCUGGCGAACGCCCGCCGGCUGGGCUUGACUCUGAGACGAGACGUGCCGAAGAAGAACCAGCCCACUAGGAAGAUGCCAGCAUGCAAUAUGUUCGCCAACACGUAUCAAGCUGCGCGGCUCGCACAGUGCCCAGGAUCUGGUCGAGCUGGACUGGCCGCAGUGCGUCGCGACCUGGCUCAGGAGUUCCACGUGCUGCCUGACACCACCAAGGCCGUGUGCGAGACUCGGUCCAAGGAGGCGUUCGUCGAGAAGAAGCGCCGCCAGCUGCGAGUCGCUGUUGCGUCCGAGCCCGACGCACCUGCACCACCGCCCGCGCGCUUGGUCGGCUGCUCGUCCUGGGAGCACCCCAUCGAGACCAGCAAGUUCAUGCAGGCCAGUGGCGCCACCGAUGCGGAGGCGUCCUUCAGGUCGUGGGGGCCAGCCCGUCGGGCAGAAUUCCAGGAUGCGUGCUUCGUCGUAGACUCGGGGCGGAUCCCGAAGGACAAGCGAGUUGCAUAUACGCGGUGCUGUCACCAGAUGCAUUUCGGCGUGUGCAGGUUCGCUGACUCGCAGGUGUACUCGGUGCUCAUGUCAGGGGGGCUGUCUCUGUGGCGGUACGUGUGGGAGCACAAGCUUCAGGGCGCGUGGCUUCACGUAUGGCUUGCCGACGGUGAUGACCGCCUUCCCGGCCACGAGGCGUGA